ACACUCUUAAGGAGAAAAGAAACAACAACUGCAUCAAGUCAGACUCCUAAGUGAAGCGCUUUCGGAAUCUCAAUUCAGGAUGCCUUCUCACCGCCGAAACCAGAAGACCGAGGCUAUGACCGUAAUCCCACCUGAACGUCAGGUUGGGAUCAUCACCUUCGAAUGUUCUCUUCCCACGGAUGAACCGGCUUUGACCCGCAUCCAGGACCCCUUGCCGUUUUCCACAACCAUCAGCAAGAAUUUGGCUUUGGCAGCGGCUUUCAUUGACCAUGCUGGCCAUCUCGCCCAGGAGUACGGCUCUGGCUACGAGCUUCUGGAAAAGAGGCUGCACGCGGCAAUUGACACGAUUGGAAAUGAUGCCAUCGAGUUGACCCUUCUCCGUGAGCAACUCCGUGAGCAGACCACGGCACUCGAACUUCUUGAGGUCACCGCGUCUGGUCAAGAGAAGGCAAAUCAAGACUUCGAGGACAGAAUGGCCGAAAAUCGCGCCGCUUCACUCAAGGCGGAAAAGGAACUUGCCCGCAAGCUCCGCAUUACUGAAAAGGCUCUCCACAAGUCGCAGGCGUCUGAAAACCGCCUCAAGGAGAAGCUCGGCAGGAGAGUGCUCGAGGAACACGAAGCCUGGGUCCGUGAGAGGGAACACGACAAGGAGGACCACGAGUCUAUCGACGCAGCGCAUGAUGCGCUUGAUCAAGCGCUCCAAGAGAAGGCGUCCCUGCAGGCUGAGCUGGACAGCAAGAGCGAGCAACUCACUUCGGUCUCCCAUGAGCUCGAGACUGCUCAGGAACGCUUGAGCGUUUGCAAGCAUAAUUGCGAAGAGAAGGACGCCGAAAUCUCGACUCUUACGGAUCAGCUUGCCUCUGCAAACCGGGCUAAUACUGCGCUCUACGCAAGUGUCGAAGACCUCAAUGCUCAAUUGACGACCAAGGACCAGGAGAUCUCUGACAUCAACCAGAGUCUUGCCGACAAGGCGACGGAGCUCGCUGAGGUAAACGAGAGUAUCGUUGCUAAGGAUGGUACCAUCACCACCCUUGAGGCUGCGUUGGCGAACGUGAAAGACGAGCGAGACCAGAAGAUCCAGCUCCUCGAAGAUGUCCAAAAGUCUGCCGAAGAAACCCAGUCAGCACUCCAGGCCAAGAUCGAAGAGUUGAGUGCCCAUGACCUUGAGGAUCACCAGCGGAUGGAAGCUGCGGAAGAAGCCAAGAGAAUUUCCGAGGAGUCUAUCAAGGAGCUUCAAGAUAGAGUAGAUGCAGCCAGAGCUCAGGAUGAGGAGGCGCACAGGAAGCUGGAGGCCGAGGAGGAGGCCAAGAGGGCGACGGAGGCCGAACUGGAGAGAGUGAGGCUGCAGCUGGAGGAAGCUAAGAAGCCAAAGCUUCCUAACAAAGUGACUCUUGCGAACCCGCUCCCAAUUGUUGGUAGCCUUUCUGGCGCUUCGGACGAUUUUGACGACAUCUUUUAUCCUCUCGAGGCCCCAUUCCCUGUCACCAUCUACGGCCACUCCUCCACGCAAGUCUUUGUCUCCAUCAACGGCGUCUUCAGCCUCGACCGUGGAGAUGCCAUCUUCCGUUACGAGGCCCUGCCUUGCCGAAACAGAAACCUCCCCGAGUACAGCCUGUUCCCCUUUUGGUGUGAUCUCUUCAUCUACAAGGGUACGCCCCAGGGUAUCUACUACGAAGCAGCUGGUGAAGCCCCGUCCAGGACUUUCUGCGUCGAGUGGUAUGUCUCGCGUUACCAGGACAAGGACCAGUAUUACCACUUCAACAUGCUCCUAGAGGAAGCGAGACCCAAUGUGGUCACGUACAAGUUCUACGAGGCUUUGGAUAGAGGUGGUGCUUGCACUAUUGGAGCACAAGGUCCUGAUAGUGCGCAAAUGUUUUCCUACAACGAAGCCAAGGCACUUCCAGGGGUUCAGGUGGUGAUUGACACCGCCUCUGGUUCGCUGACGGAGAGCACAUUCCCAAUCCAGGAAUAA